GCGAAGACCAUCACGCCAUAAAGCCGACGACGAAACACAAAACAGACGCCAAUAUUAGCACCUUCGUUUCUCAAACAGACAUACAUAUUACAUACAUUUUUGGAAGGCUUUCUUUUUUUUUGUCUCUCUGGGGACUUUUCACAAACACCUUUUGCGCGGUUUUUGGAUUUGAUCGUUAGGUAAGGGUUCUUGUGAAUCUGUAGUAGACCGAAAAUGAGUUUCAGAGACGAGAAUGAAGAAUCAAGGGAUCUCAGAAAGCCAUUUCUCCACACCGGAAGCUGGUAUCGCAUGGGUUCGAGGCAAUCCAGUAUGCUGGGCUCGUCCCAGGCCAUCCGCGAUAGCUCCAUCUCCGUCGUCGCCUGCGUUCUCAUCGUCGCUUUGGGUCCAAUCCAAUUCGGAUUCACCGGUGGUUAUUCCUCGCCAACACAAUCAGCAAUCACCAAGGAUCUUGGACUUACAGUCCCGGAGUUUUCUCUGUUUGGUUCUUUAUCAAAUGUAGGUGCCAUGGUUGGGGCAAUAGCCAGCGGUCAAAUAGCUGAGUGUAUUGGUCGAAAAGGAUCUUUAAUGAUCGCUGCAAUUCCUAACGUUAUUGGAUGGCUUGCCAUAUCAUUUGCCACA